AUGUUUUACCAACAGUUAAUAUUUGUUUUCCUUGCCGGUAUUCCAUAUUUCUUAAGUCUGGAUGGAGAAUUUGUUUUUGAUGAUACUGAAGCAAUCUUGAAGAAUAAUGACGUUACAUCAGUAUCGUGGUCAGAGCCGUUUUAUCACGAUUUUUGGGGCAGUCAAAUAGAUAGCUCUCUUAGCCACAAAUCAUAUAGGCCUCUUACUAUUUUAAGUUUCAAACUCAACUAUUUAAUAAAUAGGAGACAAUUAUCUGCAUUCCAAUUUAAGAUAACCAAUCUAGUACUGCAUAUAUUAUGCUGUAGUUUGCUAUUGAUUAUAUACAAGAUUAUUUUAAAUAAAUGCAACUUUAAGCAUUCAAGUUGUAUGGAUGUGGGAUUCUCAGCAAUAAUGUUAUUUAGCACACAUCCCAUUCAUGUUGAAAAUGUAUCUGGUAUUGUAGGAAGAGCUGACAUAUUAGCAGCAAUAUCAUUUUUUUUAUCAUUUCUAAUGUAUGAUAAAGCUAUGAAUGGGCAGAGUUUUGGUUAUUUGUUUAUUUCUCUCUUAUUUUCUGGAAUUUCUAUGCUAUUUAAAGAAAAUGGUAUUACAGUGUUGGGUUUCUGUACUGUAUAUGAAAUUAUUGCAAAGAUGAAAUUUAUUAAAAGAGAUUUAAAAACACAUAAUAUUACUGAUAUUAGGAAAAAGUACAACACAUCAAUUUCCAGAUUAUUCGUAGUACUAUGUGCAAUUGCUGUUUUCCUAUAUUUAAGAUGGAUGGUUAUGGCUGGGGUUAAACCUGUAUUUAAGUCAACAGAUAAUCCUGCGGCAUUCACAAAUAAUUCUUUCUCAAGGAUUGCAACUCAUAACUAUAUCUAUUUUAUAAAUGCUUUACUGCUUGUCUGGCCUCAGUGGUCAUGUUACGACUGGUCCAUGGGUUGCAUUCCCCUUAUACAAGAUUACUCAGAUUUUAGAAUAUUAUUUAUAAUUUCAUUAUAUGCAGCAUUAUGUUUGUUUGGUGUGUAUGUCUACAAAUCAAGAGGACCAUAUAGGAUAUUAAUUCUUUCCACCAGUCUCAUGAUAAUACCAUUCUUGCCGGCCUCAAAUCUUUUUUAUCCGGUUGGUUUUGUGGUGGCCGAAAGGAUUCUAUACAUUCCUUCUGCGGGAUAUUGUCUACUCGUUGCUGUGGGUCUUCAAAAGAUAAUUGUAAGACUGAAAUCGUUGGUUCUUAGAAAGUUAACAUUGUAUUUAUUUUACUUCGUCGUAUUAAUAUAUGGACUGAAAAGCGCUCAAAGAUCAUUCGAGUGGCAAAAUGAAUUUAAACUAUUUACAAGUGGGCUUCAAGUGUGUCCCUUAAACGCAAAAGUUCAUUAUAAUAUUGCGAAAGUUGCUGAUGCAAAGGAUAAUUUGACUUGGGCCAUGGAGGAAUAUAAAGAGGCAAUAAGAUUGUACCCCGAGUAUUAUCAAGCAAUGAACAAUUUUGCAAAUUUGUUGAAGAAUCAUAAACAAUUUGGCGAUGCCGAAUCGUAUUUACGAAAAGCCCUCGCACUGAAAUCAGAUUUUCCGGCUGCCUGGAUGAAUUUAGGCAUCAUUUUGGCGAGUACCAAAAGGUACAAACAAUCGGAAAUGGCUUACAAAAACGCUUUGAAGUAUCGUAAAAAUUAUCCAGAUUGUUAUUAUAAUAUGGGAAACCUGUAUUUAGAAAUAAAUAAAAUCGACACGGCUAUGGAGUCUUGGUUGAAUGCUAUAGAGUUGAAUCCAAAACACAAUUCGGCUUGGACCAAUUUGCUGGCGAUGCUGGAUAAUAAUGGUGAGAUUGACACAGCUCUGCAAUUAAUACCGAGAGCUCUCAAAGAACUCCCAGAAUCACCAUCAAUCAAAUUCGCGGUGGCGAAUAUUUAUGGGAAAAUGGAUAAAUAUGAAGACGCGGAGGAAUAUUUUCUAAGAGCUAUCGAAUUAUUUGGAAUUAAUGUAAAACCUAUACAUUUUGCGAAUUUAGGUGUUUUGUACCACCGUUGGAAGAAAUAUGAUCUAGCUGAAACAAUGUACCGGAGAGCGUUGGACAUUCAGCCGUCAUUUAGAAGCGCACUCAAAAACCUGGAAAAUUUAAAAAGAGUUAAAAAGAGAAAUAAAUAA